AUGACUGAGUGGUGGCCUGAUUUGGAUGAAGGGAUUCUUUCACAUUUGCAGCGGGUUUUCGUGACACCACUUCGCUUAGAUGAUGCUUUUGACAAUGAUGAAGAAAGUGCUCUUUUACUGGAAUCUGAAUUCCCUGAUAUUCUCCCUGAAGACAUGCUGGAUUCAGUUGCAGCCCUGUCACAGUGGAAGGAGGAGAUGGCCAGGCCUUUGAAGCGCGCACGUGCAGAGGUGGUGAGAGGCGCUUUGUUUCGGCUGCCGUUGCAUGGACAACUCACUGUGCAGGAGGAAUUUUCUAGGCUCACCCGAACGAGUGCAAUUUGCAUUCUUGAGAUGCAUGUCAAACAGAAGCAGAAGAGAUACAGAGAAGACCCUGCUGAUGCUCGGACAAAGAGGUUCGAAGCGGAGCGCAGGAAGUAUUCAAAUUUGCUGGCUCAGAUUAUCAUCCAAGCCGGACUCCCUAUUGUUGAGCUUGUGAGAACGCUGGAGGACCCUCGGAGUGGCUGGUUGCAUUUGUUUGCUGCAAGGCGUGGGAACACCCUGAAGAAUAGGUACAAGGUUUGGAGGCCUUUUGAACAGUGGUUGGAAUGGAACCGUGGGUACCUUUUUCCCAAAGGGGUCAGGGAUGCCAUCGACUAUAUGCAGCAUAGAGUGGAUGACGGUUGUGGGAAGACGGUUCCCCAAUCAUUGCAUGCGGCCAUUUCUUUGAUUGAGCAGCUUGGGAGAGUCCCCAGUGAUGUCAGGAUCUCAGAGGAUCCACUGUGGAUUGGACACAUCAAGUCCUGGGCGGCAGAGUUGGCUGAAGAUGCAGCACCCAGGAAGCCUGCUGAGAUGUAUACAGUCGCAAUGUUGAUUUCUUUGGAGCUGACCAUUGUUGACGAAGCUGAACAGUUGUACACCUGUGCGCUCUCUUGGAUUGUCUUGUGCAUGGUGUGGGGUGCGAUGAGGUGCGAUGACAUGCAAUCCGCACUGCCUCACAGGUCUGUCUUGUCCAAUUUUGGAUUGCGUUUGGUCUUGGGGCGUUCGAAAACAACGGGCCCUGAUAAGCCCCAGAAGGAGGUGUCAGUCCACGUGCUGAGGACCACUUCACUUACUGGAGAGGAUUGGCUAAGGGUGGGUUUUGACAUUUGGUCUGCUGACCCUUUCAAUUUCAAGCGUGAUUACAUGGUGAUGGAGCCCAACAAGGAAUGGACUGGAGUGAAAAGGAAGUUCUUGGCCCCCGCUGGACUGAGCGGUGCAAUCUCCAAGCUCCUUGGAGGCCUUGCGGUCCCGCGGAGAACCGCCCUGGGCUGGGAACUGAUGCCGGCACAGCAUUUGCUGCCGGAUGGGCUUGAGUCAUUUUUCAGUGGGCACAGUCCAAGGAACUUUGUGACUUCAGUGGCUGCAGCCUUGGGUUUUUCCAAGGAUGAGCGGGCAUACCUUGGAAGGUGGAGCAUGGGGAUGGUGUCCUCUGAGGAGUAUGUGCGCACCUCCCGCCAGGUGAUUUUCAAGAUCCAGAAGGCCGUCAACAGGUCCCUGGUUGAUGGAUCAGGUGACCCAUUUCAUGAAGAUGAGACCACUGGCAAGCUUUGUGAGUUUGCCUCAGCAUCUGGGGCAAAUCCCAAUCGGAUCAAAAAGAGGCACUCGGUGCUGGUGUACGGAGUACCUGGUGGAUCACCCUGCCUUGGUGGAGUCUACCCGACUCUUCAGGUGUUGCCAGACGAUUGGGAUGAGAAUGAUGACAGAGACGGCACUGAGAUGGACCUGGCAGAAAAGGACGGGUGCCAGGAGAUCCUUGAGAGUGAGUUCCCUCAUAUGGUGGCUGAGGAGCUUCAUGACACAGUUGCAAUCUUGAUGCAUUGGAAGACCAUGAUGGCUAGGCCACUCAAGAGGUUUCGGAGGGAUGUGGUUAGUUCUGCAAUGUUUGUGCUGCCUCAACCCAACAAUUUGAAUAUUCAUGACGAGUUCCAACGUUUGACAAAGACGAGCGUUCAGUGCAUUCUGGAGAUGCAUUCGAAGAGGAAGCAACGGAAGUAUCGUGAAGACCCUCCAGAUGUCCGUACACGGAAAUUUGAGUCUGAGAGGAAGAAGUAUUCUUUGCUGUUGGCACAGGUGUUGAUCAACGCCGAUCUGCCGGUGGUCGCUUUGGUGAGGGCCCUUGACGACCCUAAUGCAGCUUGGAUUCAUAUCUUUGCGGCGAGGCGUGCAAACACCUUGAAGUCACGGUACAAGGUUUGGAAACCAUUUGAGAAGUGGUUGGAGCUUCACAGGGGGUAUUUGUUCCCGAAGUCAGUCAAAGACGUGAUCGACUACAUGCAGCAUCGUGUGGAUGAUGGAUGCGGAAGGACAGUGCCAGAGUCCUUUUCCAUCACUCUGGCCAUGUUGGAGCAACUUGGGCGGGUGCCUGAUACCCUGAAGAUUUCUGAUGACCCACUGUGGAGAGGGCACAUCAAGUCGUGGACAGCAGAGCUCUGCGAGGAGUCAGCGCCGAGGAAACCUGCUGAGAUGUUCACUGUGGCGAUCCUCAUUGCACUGGAACUUUUGGUGAUGGACAAUACAGAGCCCAUUUUUGCAAGGGCACUUUCAUGGGUCUUGCUGGUGAUGGUUUGGGGUGCCAUGAGAUGUGAUGACGUUCAAGCUGCCAUUCCGAAGAGAUCGUUUCUCUCCAAUUACGGGCUGAAGCUCAUCUUGGGCAAAUCGAAGACCACAGGUCCUGACAAGGUUCAGAAGGAGGUUGCAGUUCAUGUGUUCAGGACAACGUCAUUGACUGGUGAAGAUUGGUUGAGGGCAGGUUUCGACAUUUGGGAGACCGAAGAGUUCAGUUUCCAGCGGGACUAUUGGGUCAUGGAGCCAUCCAAGGACUGGCGCAAAGUCAGAAGGAAGUUUGUGCCUCCAGCAGGGCUGAGCUCUUUGAUCAGCAAGCUUCUUGGGCGAUUAUCCUGCCCUCGUCGGUCUGGAUUGGGUUGGGAACCCAUGCCACAUGUGCUGCUUUUGCCUGAUGGUUUGGAGAGUUUCUUUUCUGGCCACAGCGCUCGAAACUUUCUCACUUCAGUUGCUGCUGUGGUUGGAUUUUCCCGGGAUGAAAGAGCAUAUCUUGGGAGAUGGUCAAUGGGGAUGGUUUCAUCAGAAGAGUAUGUGCGGACAGCCAGGCAGGUCGUCUUCAAGAUCCAGAGGUCUGUGAACAGAUGUCUUGUGGAAGGGCUGGAUGAGCCAUACCAUGAGGACGAGGCCAUUCAAAAGCUCUGCGAUGCAGCGGAGAGCGCAGGAGCCAAUCCAAACAGGAUUCGGAAGCGUCACACUGUCAUGGGCAACUGGUCUGGGAGGCAUUCACUUGGGGGCAUCUUCCCCACUUUGGAAGUGGCUGAGGGUGAUUGGCCAAAUGUGAUGGAUGAUGCAGAAGGCGACAUUGGAUUGCCUGAGAAGGUUGCGUUGCUGGCACAGAAGGAGACCCUGGCUCAAUCAGAAGAGUCAAAGUAUUUUGUGACAAUAUCCAGACGGACGUGCCUGAGACGUCUGCAUCUCAGCGGGUGCUUUGUCAAGCCCGACAGGUGUUGCGAAGUGCUUUUCCUUGAUCAAGUGAACAGUGAUGAUUUCGAUACGGUUUGCCAGGGUUGCAAGAAACGGAUGCUGUCUGAAUGUGGGAGGGAGGCAGGGGAUCAGUCCUCGUCCACAGCCUCCUCCUCAUCCACCGCUUCUGAAAGCGAUGCGGGCGAAGUUUGUGGCCAGGGCAGAAAUGUUUCGACCCAAUUGCCAGGUUUUAGGUUGGAAUCGCACGCCAUUAUGGCAAUCUUAGGAAGUUCAGUGCGCUUGGUGAUGAUCGAGCAGCGAUUAGGCGAUCAGGAAUGCCCUUCGACAGAUUACCUUUCGAUCAAGGCGGAGGAGACGGAGUGCAAUGAACCGACAGCUGCACCCUUAGAUGAGUAUCGUGCAAAGCAUUGGUUGCAUGGUCUUACAGCCGAACCCUUUCAGAAGUUCACUGAGUUCAUCUUGGGGGAUCGCGUGUUUGGGAUUCAGAUCCCCACCUCUUCAACUGAAACUGGACAACAGAAGGUGAAACCUGAUUGGUCCAUUGUUCUUUCCUACGAGCAUAAACUGAGGAAGGAAGCCAUGAAACGUGUAUUAGAGGGGCACACUUUAUCAGAUGCACUCCUUUCAGUUAUUCGUGACCCUGACCUGAAAGAAGCUUACUUCACUACGCCGGUGGCCCUGAAGUCGGCGAUGUCAGACACUCAGCAUCAGCCCAACAAAUGGCAGAGGUUCAAUAGCAAGGGUGGCUUCACUGGAAAACAGUCCUUUGGCUUCAACAAGGGCAAAGGACACCUGACGGAAGAGAGUUGUGCUUCGCCUGGAACAAUGGUGAGUGUGAUGGGUCUUGCAAUCGAGUUCACCAGUGUCGAGUCAAAGGACGUUGGUGCAGCUCCACCCAGCAGGGCUGCACAGGCUGAACCUCCACUCGUGCGGGUGGUAUACCUUUUUGCUGGGAAACGUCGCCAUUCAGACGUUGCAGCCUCCUUGAAGAAAGCUGAGGCGGAUGGACGGAUCAGGUCUAAAUCAACUUCCGUGGCUGUGGUCGACUUGACAACUGGUGAAAAUUUUUGGGAAGCAGAUACAGAUGAGGCAAGCAGUGUUCAAGCAGAUACAGCUGAUGCAAGGGAUGUUCAAGCAGAUAAAGGUGAUGCAGGUGAUGUUCAAUUUGACUUGAAGGCAUGCAUGAACUCUGGAAGACCGAUUACAGUAGAGUGGGACAGGAGUCAGAAAGACUUCACAGAUGGAUUUGGUCUUUGCAGCCCUGCCAGGUGGAGACCUUCUCAAAGGGGGGUCCGUAGGAGCGAUGUCAUGUUGAAGUUGGCAAAUGACACCUUUGAAAUUUUUGCGGAGGCCGUGGUGGCAUCCAUAACUGAUGUGCGUAGAGAAGCUUUCAGACUGGUCACUGGGAAGUUGGAACAAUCGCCUUUUACUGAGGAGGCGCUUUCAAGGGUGAGGUCCAAGUGGUUUUCUUUACUUUCAGAUCCACGCGACGCUUCAGUCAUAGACAGUGGACAGCCUUUUUACCUGAGGGCACUUGCACAAUGGCUUGGGGUCUUUGAAGAUCCGGAUGUGGGAUGGUUGGUUGCGGAGGAAGACUCAUUUGCGUCUGGAGUCUGUUUGGGGGUCGAGAAACCACUUCCAAGGUCCCCACAAGUAUGCAAUCAAAAACUCAAGCAUAGGCGUUUGGACGACACUGAGUUUGCGGCCAUUGCACAGAAUUAUCCUUCAGCACAAUUGUCAUGCAAGGAACUAGAGGAAAAGUUCCGGGAGGAGGAGGCCCUUGGGAGGAUGCACCCGUCAAAAAUUGGAGUGCUCAGACAGGAGUACGGAGACAGUUUGAGGAUAGCAUCGAUGGCGGCUAUUCAGAAACCAGACGGCAGUGUUCGGCCACUCCAUGACGCCACCCAUUCUGUCAUGGUGAAUCAUGCUAUCAAGUACCAGGACAAAAUUGAUUGCCCAGGUCCAGCAGAGAUUGCGGCAAUUGUGAGGGAAACUUCAGAGACUGGUGACGCACCCUUUUGCGUAAGUGCAGAUAUCCGUGCAGCUCACAGACUGGUGAAGGUGAGGAAGAAAGAUUGGGGAUACAUGUGUUGCAGGGCUGACUCACAGUCCGACACUAUUUGGGUGAACAGGCCGCUGGGACGCCUUUCGGAUAUCACAAGUUCAAGGGAGGAUUUGCUUCAGAGUUUGUUGGAUUUCAAAUACGGUACGACCUUACCGAGGUUGAGCUUGGGUUUGAAAUGGAGGCCCAGAAAUGAAAACACCGAGGCGGAUCAACUGACUAACGAAGAUUUCACUGGUUUUGACGCUGGGCUUCGGAUUGGGGUGAGAUGGCAGGAUUUACAAUUUGAAGUUUUGGAGGACAUGGUGCGGACCAGAGAAGCAUUUGAUCAAGCCAAACAACUUGCAAAGGAGGCAGCCAAGUUGGCUCCCAAGGUCAAGUCAAAGAAGUUUGAUAAGACAGCACUUCGACGUUUGCACAUGGCUGGCUGUUUUGUGAAGCCCGAUCGGUGCUGUGAAGUUUCUUUCAUGGACGAGGUCCUUCAGGACUCUUUUGAUGCAAUCUGUCAGGCUUGCAAGAAGAGGAUGAUGGCUGAGUGUGGGAAGGACCCGCCGGAGAUGAGUGUGUGGACCUCAGAUUUGCUGUCGGUGAAUCGACUCUCUAUGUGCGAUGGAAUGUCGAACAUUGGAGGCGACGGUUCAGAAUCGGUGCCAGGAUCCCAGUCAGAUGUGUUUACAACUCUUGAGACGCCAGACGCAAAGAGACAGAAGACUGACAUCAGUAGUGCCAAAGAUGCCCACGAUGACAAGCAGGAUUUUCAACCAGCACAGUUACAGAACAUUGCGAGGAUAGCCAACUUUGAAGCCAUGCAAAGAGUAAGGGCCCAUGAUAUCAAGAUGCCUUGGGAAAAAGGGCCGUUAGCUCCGAUUUUUGGAGGGCCUAUGCCAAAUGUGCCAUCGGUCAAGAGCUUAAUACCGCCGACAGUAGGACUGGUUGACACCUUGGCACCUGCAGUUUUGACAAAGCAAGACACGCCAGUUCAAGUGGGUCCCAUUUCAAAGUUUGCAGUGAAGCGCAUUGCAGCUGCCAAGUGUGUGGUGCCAGAGGAUGAGAUGCUAGCCAGGUGUCUCAAUCAGAUCAAAAACCUACUUUUGCUGGACCUACAGGGGACGGAAGUUGGUUUGACGCUGUGCAACUUGGCAGGAGGUUUGGACGAGUCAGUAGACGUCUUACAGGUGCUCAAGGAUUGCUUUGCCAAGAAGGCCACUGCAACGAUCCUCAAAAGGACGUCAGCUUUGUGGACACUAGCAGGCUGGAUGCUGGAAAACGAGCAGACAACGGUAUGGGACAUCGAUGAGAAUCAACUGUACUCCUAUAUGUGCUAUCUCAGGGAUAACCAGGCUGCUCCGACAACAGCCAGCCACCUUGUGGAAGCUUUGAAUUUCUUUGACUCAACGCUGAGAUUCAAAAAGACAGUCUGCAGGACCAUUUUAUCACCCAGGGUUCAAGGGGCGGCCCAUGCAAUGUACCUGGAAAAGAGGAAACUCAAACAGGCACCUCAGCUUACUGUUGCUGCGGUGAAGGCGCUGGAGAUCAUUUGCACAAGCAAUACAAGUCUUCUGCGAUCAGCUAUCUCAGGCGGGCCUGAUGAGUAUACGUUUGUGGCACACAAGUUGACAGGUACGAUUCAUGUACUCCAGGAAGAAGAAGCAGGCAGGUUAGCCUGUGGACGGCAAAAGACAGUGAACAUGAAGCCUGUGGAACCAUCAUGGAUUGAUGCCGCAACUGCCCCCUUCUGUAUCCAGUGCAACGCGGUCGUCAAGCACCACGACGCCCAGACCUGA